CUUUUUACACUUUUCCCCCUCCGAAGAAAAACUUCUAUAUAAAGACGUAACUUAGGGUAGAUUAUCAUAUCAUCUGAAAAAGAAAUAAAAUGAAUGAGGGCGGCGAGAAUGAUUGUUUGAUAUGGGAAAAUAAUGAAGUGUGGUCAUUUUUGAACUCCGACAAUGACCAACUAGUUGGGAGUGAAAGGAUGCAGGUGGGUGACAAGUUGCCAGAUCCAAAUAGGUCUGAUACUUGUCAGCCAUUAACAGUUGUUAAAAAGGUAGGCGAAGCGAGUCUUGGUAGCAAAAAAAGAUGUACAUCCAAUGAAAAGAAAGGCGAUAAUGAAAGUGGUGAACCAAAAUCUGGUGCAGGUGAAGAUGGAGGUAGAGAAUCAGGUUAUGAAAUACACAUAUGGACGGAAAGAGAAAGAAGGAAGAAGAUGAGAAACAUGUUUGAGAAUCUUCAAACUUUGCUUCCUCAUCUUCAAUCGAAGGCGGACAAGUCCUCAAUUGUUGAUGAAGCUGUGAGAUACAUCAAAAUACUGCAAACCACUGUUACCAAUCUUAAAGAACAAAAGCUACAAAGAAUUCAAAGUGGCAUGGCUAGGCUUUCUACAUUGAGUACUCCCAUAAUGACUCCAAAGAAGUUAAGUAGCUGGGAACAAUUUUUGGCUGACAAAGGAUCUGCUAGUAACUCAGCUGCUAUAACACCAAAGAACAACAACAAUAAUGUGACUGGCAUUCCCCUUUUGAACACUAAUGUUCCAACAGAUUUUGUGACGUGGAGUUCACAAAAUGUUGUGCUAAAUGUUUGUGGAGAAGAGGCACAUAUUAGUGUGUGUUGUCCUAAGACACCUGGGCUUUUUACCUUCAUUUGUCAUGUUUUGGAGAAAAAUAAGAUUGACAUUGUGUCUGCUCACGUUUCAUCUGAUCAAUUCAGAAGUCUGUUCAUGAUCCAAACCCAUGCAAGAGGUGCAAGUGGCUUAGAGCAGUUGAUCUCUGGAGCAUUAUCAGUGGAAGACAUGUACAAGCAAGCUGCACAUGAAUUAAUGUCAGGGAUAAACCCCAAAUGAUUCAUGUUUGUUUCAUCAGCCAAAGCCAACUUAGUUACAAGAGACCAUGACGGUCAUCAUAUUUGCUUUAAUAGUUCAUUCGUAGAGAGGAUGAACAUCUGUCGUUGUAGAGAGACAAUUCUAUUUGAUUUUCAUAGUUCAUUCGAUGGAGGAUGGACAUGUCUGUUGCCGUAACGGCCAGCAUAUUUAUUUUCAUAGCUAGUUCAUCCGGUGUAGGAUGUGUGUCUGUCGCCGUAGAGGCAAUCAUGUUUACUUUGAAAGUUCACUAUGAACUAGAUCGCAGGAGUGAAAACUAUGGACUUUGGUCUAUUUGAUUUUCUUCCAAUGGUAUUUA